AUGCUACACUCGAUUCAAGCACACCGGGCCAUUCGCCCAAUACCUACAGGAACAUCAACAGCAUUAAAACUCUUCAAUCCCUCAACGCGAACCUACGCCUCCCCGUCCUCCAAAACACACACCCGCCCAUCCUCCUCCGCACAACCCGACUCCCCGGCAACCGUCCCCUCUACCUCCUCCACAUCUACAACCUCUCCAGAUGAUAUCAACCCACCGCCAAGCACACGUCCCGCGGACAUUAACACACCAGACUCGCUACCCGACGAUGCCGCGCCGGUCGAUAAAGUGAAGCGCUAUGUCGCGCUGGGACGGGCAUACCUCUCUUUCUACAAAACGGGAUUGAAGAAUGUAUACCAUAAUUAUCGCGCUUCUCUCCCGCUAAGAAAGGAAUUGGGACUGCCCGUAUACCUUCCCAUAUCACCGCCCCCGAAAUCGAAACCGAUUGUCUCGUUCAAGAAGGCAAUUGAGAAAACCGGGCUCAGUCGUUCGAAUUUCCAACUGAUUCGACGCGCUGCGUACGAUGUCCGACGGAUGAUACCAUUUACGCUUAUGCUUAUCGUCUGUGGGGAAUUCACCCCAGUUAUCGUUCUCGCGCUGGGCUCUACCGUCGUCCCGUAUACCUGCCGCGUGCCAAAACAAUUCACUAAGGACCGUGCGCAAAAGGCAGCGCGGAAACGCGCGGCGCUGGUGGCGCAUUGCGUCCAGUCUACCGGCUCCGUCACAUACAAUCCAGAUACAGGGAAGGAAUUGGACUUGUUAGCGCAAUACGCGAGUCCGGAAUGGGUCGACUCCGCAUCCUCGGAAGAAGUGCUGCGCGCAUGUGCGGUCUUCGGUCUGGUUAAGACACAUACCCGUCCGCCUGCGCUUGUAUCGCUAGUUUACCGCACGCGGCUGAAGCGGUUUGCGGAGUACUUAGCUGUGGAUGAUGGGUUAAUUAAGCGUGGGGGCGGGGUCAGUGCAAUGAAGGGGGUUGAGGUUCGGAUUGCAAUUGAGGAAAGGGGUGGUGUUGAGAUGGUCAUGCGGGAGACUGGGGAGGGUGAGAGUGAGGAGUGGGAAGGGGAGAGGGAGCAGAGGAGGUGGUUGGAAGGGUGGUUGGAGAGGAGGGCAUAG